GACAGCAUGUAACAUGUUGCAGUUAGAGGCUUAGAGCCCUAAUUUUGUACCUAGAGAAUUAGGGGGAAUUAAAAACACAAUUUGGCGACCCACCGUUGCUCGUUUUCUUCUCCGACCGUCGUGUCGGCCAAGGGGCUACUGAGAAUGGCAAACAUAAACAACAAAGAUGAACCAAGUACAGCGCCACAGCCAGAUCGGUGGUACAAUUUGAGUCUAGGUUCUUCCUUUAAAGAUCACCAACCUUCUUCAAAGUUCUGUACUUUACGAUAUGAAUUUAAACCUGCUUCAAUUGAUAAGAACCAACCUGGAAAACUACACAAGACCAAGGACAAUAAGAUUUCUGUUGAAUUUCAAAAUAACCAGCCUGGUAAACCUAAGGUAUCCUUUGAUGGAAGUAGUGAGGAUUACAAGGAAAAUGAUGCUGUUCUUUUCUUUGAUGGCGAGUCAUUUCGGUUGGAGCGGUUACAUAGGGCAGUUAAGCGGUUGAGGUAUAAUCGACUCCCCGGAGAAUCCGCUGCGGCAGUAGCACCUGCACCCGCACCUGGUCCUUCUCGUUCUCCUGCUCCUUCUCCAAUUGGAAUGCCUGUAGAGACGCGUUCACCACCAGUUGUCAAAGGGGCAAAAUUUCAGUCACUUAAUAAGCCUGCAGUUCCUGCACCUGCUGUGCCAGUUGAGGUGGAAAGGAUCGAAGUUGGUGACUUUAGAAGUUCAGAUUCAAGACCCAAAAAUGAGAAGAUUGCUGAGUAUCCAUCUUCACAUGCAAAUCAUUCAACUGCAUCACCAGACAUGAAGUAUGAUGACCUGGAUGAACAAUUAGAUAUACUGAAUGAUGAUGAGGAUGAUACUACCGCAGCCAAUGGUGGGAAUGUUACUGUUGAAGAAUUCAAAACUGGCAUUGAUAUUAAUAUCCCACACCAAAAUGAUACAGAUGAUGAGAUAGCUGAUGUGGAUGUAAGUGAUGAUGAUGAGGACAAGGGCCGCAAUGCUGCAGAAGAACUUAGAGCUCAAGUAAAUGCAGAGGGAAAAGAGAAUCAUACUUCGAGUUCUAGCAGUAGCAGCAGCAGUGACAGUAGUGGAAGUGGGAGUGGGAGCGGGAGUGGAAGUGGAAGUGAUAGUGCAAGCAGCAGCAGUGACAAUGAAAGCAGUGACACGGUCAACUCUAUCUGAGAACUUAAAGUAUUUUGAGGGUGAAUGUCUCAAGUUUGAAAUAAUUCAAAGAGAAGCCACUACAUUGCUUUUAGGUUCAGUUGAUCGACAAUGCAGUCGAGGAUCAGGCCAAAUCUCUAUUGGCAUGUCCUCUUAUUUUGCUCUUCUUCUUGCAGUAUAACUUUCUCCUUCCUGCUAUUCUCCUUCUAUUUAUCUCAUUUUUAGACUUUUAUGUAAGAGGUACAGAAAACUGAAGAAGUUUGUACGACAGGAAAGAUGAUUACUGUAUCUGUUGUAUUGUAAAUGCAUCAAAUAUUUUCAAGCCUGGCACCUUUUAGUUCUCAUUUACUGGUUGUUGGAGAAGAGAAGAAAUGUGAAAGAAACCUUCAUUUU